AUGCCUGUAUUAAAAAUUAGAAACACUGAUCAGGUAAAAAAAGUUCGACUUAAAUCAUUAGACUGAGAUUCGUUUACACAAAUAAUUAAGGAUUCUUGCAAUGUAGGAGAUCUAGCAAGCUAUAAAAUCGUAUGCAAAAGACCUAUUCCGGGGAAAAUUUUUGCUAAUCAAGCAGAUUUAGAUGAAAUUCGUGAUGAAAGCAUGAUCGAUAUAGAGCUCACAUAUCAAGAUGAGUCUUUUAUUUGUCAAGUAUUCAAAGAAGUCUUAUUACAGAAAGAGUCUCGGAAUCACGUUUUAAAUAGAUUUAUUGAAAUUAUUCGUCAGUUCCCAUCAACAACUUUAGAUGCUCUCGUGCCUCCCAGUAUUGAGCGUUCCUUGCGAGAUAAACUCGAGGAAAUCUACCAAGAGGCCAGCACAAGAGCAAACCAACCGAAAUUCGGCUUUAAAUUGAUGUACGUUAUGGAAGGAGGAAAGCAGUCAUUGCGUGCUGUUCCUAAUCAAGAGUGGAUAAAUUAUUCUACAAUGGAUAUUGAUGUGCUCAGCAGGUCUCUCCCUCCAAAUGUAAUACAACGAUUAAGCAACUCAAAGAAAGAAAUUAAGACAAAAGAUUAA